AUGUUCGGCAAUCGGAAGACAGCUAGCACCCUGACGUCACCUCGCAAGUCGCCCAACACGGCUUCCGAAGCUAUUCAACUUGGCCUCGUAGGCCUUCUCACCCGGCCAGUGAUCAAAGCUGUCUUUCCAUCUGAGAAAGCUGUAACCAAAUCCGAUCAGUCUCAGCCUCAAUCCAACGACAACAACAACAAUCUCGCCGUCGAUAACCCUAUUUCUGAAGGAACGCCUUCACCCGCUUCUACAGCUAUAACUACUCCUACCCAUUCUUCACCUACCAUCCCAGUCCUCUUACCUGCGCAUUCAGCUGUACCAGCCUUAGGUGGAUCUAUCGAAAAGACUUUACCACCAGUCCAGCAAGCACAACAACCGCCCACUGAACCAACACCUCGAUCGAUCGAACAAUCUAGUCCUGCUCCGAAAGCGAUUACGACCGAACAAGCUUAUCUUCCUCUGCUUUACACUCGAGAAGGUACACAUCCGAUCAAAAUGGCAGUAGUAGCUAACAACCAACCUGAACAAAACCAACAUUUCGGUAAUCAGAACGAUCUUGAAGAUCAUGAUUACGCUUUAUCGCAAAAAGCUCAGAACCUUGACCUGAACGAUAGACCCUCCAGUCGAGCCACUCAUCGGACUAACCAUACUACCCAAAGUCAUCUAAACAACUCGGCAGGACCUGCAGUGGUUCCUGGUAAAUUCGUUGAGGAUUAUAAUGACAACGGUAACCAAGCUGGUAGAGGAGGCGAAGAUGAGAUCGGUCUGGGAUCAGCUUUGAGUACUGAUCCUACUCAACUUAAGAGAGAGGUGGAUCAAGAUGGUGAGACCAACGAGAGACCAGGUAUGACUCAACGAGCCUCUCGAUCAUACGUCAAGCCUAUUCCUAUUGUCACCACCUAUGAGCCAGAGCUUCCCGACGCUGCUUCUGUCAAACAACGAAAUGCCAAGGCUCCAAGUGUGAAACGAGCCUCUUCUAAAGCUGGCUCAGUCCGAUCCAACAAGGCUGCAUCCGUCAAUGGCGAUCAUGCUCGACCACACUCAGUCACCGGAGAUCACGCCAGAUCCCCUUCGGUCAACGGGGAACAUUACGUCCGACCUCCCUCUGUCGCCUCCGUCAGACGUCUACCUCAACAUGACGAGAGGGAAAACGGCUUCCAACCAGGCGAGAUUGCCCCUUCUCACAGACAACACGAGCUUCAAGGUGGAAACAAUAACAGUAACAGAGUUUCCUUGCACGAUAGUGGACCUGUCUCAAGAGAUCGAUCUACCACUUUCGAAGAGCCCGACCUCCACCAGCGAGCCACUUCACCCAAUCGACCUCAUUCAUCUUUCGGCUACAGACCUCAACCUAAUCUCAUGUCCAUCUCUGAAGGUGAUCGACCUGACUCACGGGCUGAUAAUCAACGGGAUCUCCGAGCGGGCAUGUUAUCUCGAAAUGGAACGACCCUGAGUCGAGCUGGUACACUCGGACGAAAUGGAACGCUUUCCAGAGGUGCGAAUGGCGGUACCAUCGGUAGUCGAAAGGGUGCAUUUGGUAGAGGUGCGGGUACGAGUGUAGGUACUCAACCGGAAGAAGUGUUAGGCAGAGAUGACAUUCACAUGCGAGCUGAAUUGUCUGAAAGAAUCUUGGAUGAAGCUACCCUCCGACGACUAUCUACAAUGGAGAGGAAAGAUGCCAAACGACUUACCAAAGUGAUCAAAGCAGAAGCGAAAUCAGAGGCCAAAUCCGUUGCAGGAUCCAUUAAAGAACUUGAACGACUGACUCGACUCCAACGAGAGGCGGCUUCCGCUGAGAGGAAGUCUCAAUUGCGAUUAUCGAAAUGGACUCGAAAGGAACACAAAGCCAGAUUGAGGUUCUUGAAAGAGAAGGAGAGGUAUGAGAAGAUUGAAGGUGAAUUAAGAAAUUCAGAAAAUGAUUAUGAAGAAAGAAGAGACCACGCUGCUGGCCUUACGUCUCAAGUCGCAGAGAAGACUCAGGAGGUUGAUGAUUUGAGAGCGAUGAAAGCUGCUGAUGACCGUGAAAGAGAAGUUAAAUUGCUCGCACUCAAAAACCCCGCUCAUAGUUAA